CAUUCCCAUUCACUUAACACAUUAUAACACCAUUCAGAAGUUUGCAUUUCCUGCAUCUCACAGUUUCCACAGCUAGAUUUUAGGGUUAAAACUUCUAAACACAAAAUGGAAGCUAGCACAAAAACAAAGAAAGGAGCCGGAGGAAGGAAGGGAGGAGGACCAAGGAAGAAGUCGGUAACAAGAUCUAUCAGAGCCGGUCUUCAAUUUCCCGUCGGUAGAAUCGGCCGUUACUUGAAGAAAGGUAGAUAUGCUCAGCGUGUUGGUACUGGUGCUCCUGUUUACUUAGCUGCUGUUCUAGAAUAUCUCGCUGCUGAGGUGCUUGAGUUGGCUGGAAAUGCAGCACGUGACAACAAGAAGAAUAGAAUUAUUCCUAGACAUGUGUUGUUGGCUGUGAGGAACGAUGAAGAGCUUGGAAAAUUGCUUGCUGGUGUUACUAUUGCUCAUGGUGGUGUUCUUCCUAAUAUCAACCCAAUACUAUUGCCUAAGAAGACUGAAAAAGCUGCCAAGGAACUUCCGUCUCCAUCUAUGGCGAAGAAAUCUCCAAAGAAAGCUUAGAUUGUUGAUGUGCGAUUUGUUAGGAUCAUUUUGUGUGUAUAUCUGCGCUUAGAUCUUUCUUUUAUAAUAGAAUGAUUUAAUGCGUUUGAAACAAUGUAAUUUUGAUUCACUGUCUCCAUUUAGUAUUAAUAUGAAUAUGAUCAAUUCACUUGAAAUAUUAUUUGUUAAUUUA